AUGUCAACUGUUCUGGGCACUCGUUUCACCAGCAUAACAGCUCCUAAUGAUGGUGAUGAAACAACAAAUCUGACAUUUUCCAAGCAAAAGUGUCACAGCUUAUACGAAUCAACUAUAAUUGCAUCGAUUUUCGAUGAUGGAUCAUACACGGAAUCCGCACAAAAUGAAAGUGGCGAUUAUGAAAGAUUAGAAAGUAAAAACGAAUGUAAAAUGGAGCGGAAAGAGAAAACUGUGUUAAGCGAUAUGAAUGCUGAUGGUGAUUUGUUGGCGGUAGCAGUGGGCGAGGACAUUUCAAUAUUUAGUUUUGAUUGUGGUACAAGAUUUAUCGUCACAGUGCAUCUUGGAGAUAAUAUCAAUCCGGUUGCUAUGAAAUUUAUGCCCGUCGUGAAUUUAAUAGCAGUUUUAACGAACUGUGGAAAUGUGAUGUUUCUUAGCAUCGGUUCCAACCGUAUAAUACAUCAAGUGAAACUAAUGGGAAAUAAACAGACACAAGGUGCAUCUAUCAGUUGCGAUCUGCAGCUUAAAGAUCUGCGAAUGUGCAUCGUUUUGGAAAGCGGUGAAAUCUAUUCAUUUUUUUUUCCGAAUUAUUCAGAAUAUUUUCAUCCAGAACAGGAAGCCGAAAUCGAAAUAUCAAACAGACAAAAGGGCAUGGCAAACAUGGUUUGGAAACAAUUUGACUUACACUACGCUAGUAGAGACUGUGCAAUCAUCAGUCAUCUUAAUGCUCUUUUGCUUAUUAACGAAAUUUUUUUCUGUUCAAAAUGUUUGAAUUUAACGGUAGAUCUAUUACCAUUCAUUUUUUCUCAGUUGUCAUCGGAACAGAAUGCGAGAGUAGCACUGCUUGAUUUAUCUGCAGAAGUACUAGACAAAGCUCUAAAUGAGUUUUAUUCAUCCGAUAUUUUGGGCAUCGUACGAAUUCGGCAUCUCAUACAUCGUGACAAGCAUACAUCUCGUGUCAUUUUUCAAUUUAUCAUGGCUUUGACAACGGAUGGAAAAUUGUUAAUUUGGGACGCCAUGACAACUAUGUUAAUUUCAUCAAUUAAGCUUUUGAAAACUGGUGCAGUUGCUAAGGAUUUCAUGCUUUUUGACGAUGUUCCAGAUAGGGAAGGCAAAAUAAAUGAAAACACCAAACUGGUACUUCUUUUUACAGAUCACGAAGGAACAUGCCAACUUCAAAUUUGCAACUUCCGAACCUGCGAUGUAAUUUAUACGAAAGUAGUGAGCAACACCACCCUGUUAUUGAAUAAGGUUACGCGUGAGGAGGGAUUGAUACUUUUUAUACAACUUUUUGCAUAUGAAUGUAGUGAACCAAAUGCGGUUAAGAUCCACGCAGUUUAUGAAUGCCAGCCAGAAAUGCGUUUAGAUCAUUUAAUAUAUCAGCAACGAUGGGUUGAAGCUGAAGAAUUUGCUCAAAAUUUCGCCUUAAAUACGGAGAAAAUUUAUAUGGCUCGUAUUGAACACUUCGUGGAUACGGGAAUGAUGGGUCGAACUCGUCUCGAAAUGCAUGAACUGGACAAGUUUCUUGGUUGGAUGACGCAAGUUUCGGAUCAAAAUUGGGUGGCUGAAAUGUGCAUAGCUGCAAUAAUGUAUAGUUCAAGUCAUUCUUGGGUCAAGAAAAUAUUAGAUUUCGUGAAAAAGCUCGAAAUUACAGAUAAUGAGACGAAGGAGAAGUUAUCGUUAAUGCGCUACAAUUACCAGUCAUUUCGUGAAGUGCUUGGUCCUUGGCGAAAACCGUGCUGUAGUAAGUUUUUGGAAAUUGAUUUGUGGUCAGAAUUUCUUGGUGGUUGCUCAUGGGAGCAUAUCUUCGAAAUUUUCUGCAAGAGUGGACAAUUUUGUGAAGCACGCUUAAUAUGGUGUCGCUAUCGAAAAACGUUGGAGGAAUGGAUUAAAGAAAAAGGAAAUUUUGAGCACUUGUUGGCAGAAAUUCAUCUCACAAUUCGUGAUACAGUUAGUGAUAUCAUAGAAGCAUUGCGUUUUCUGGAAGAAGAAAUUAUCCCUGUUGUAUUUCUAAAUGAUCCUAGAACUUGUUGCUCAUGUUGCAAGACAUUUUUAAUGGACAUUGCUCGUGCAGUCGAAAUAGAACAUCCAGAAUGUUUUCCUGAAAAUUCGUUUAAAAUUGCAUCAACCAUGGAAAGAGUUGUACAGAAUUUACUCGACUGUUCUGUAACUCCGUGUCGUCAGGCCGAAGUUGCAUAUGCUCUUUCAGUUGUCGGGUGUUAUUCUGAAGAUCCAGAUGAUUUUAUGGGAGAAUUGAAUAUUUAUGUGAAAAAUUUACGUUCAAUGGAGAGACUUAAAAGCGUUUAUCAGUGUAGGAUGAGUUACAGUACUUAUCAGGAACAAACAGUGGAAUCAAUCUGUUACGUAAUAUUAGAACGGGUGAAAAGUGUGCAAUUGAUCAAAAGUAAUAUUGAUCAAUAUGCAAGGCCUUACAUGAAUGAAUUUAAAUUAGAUCCUGAUCGUACACUCUACAAUUAUAUUUUGAAAAUCGCGACAAGUUCUGCUGGUGUCGUUUCCAGUUCUAAUCCGUGGGAUGAACGGUGUUUGGUUGUGGCAGAAAGUAUUUCAAAUUUAAAUUUGCAAUGUGAAGCGUUGAUUGAUGUUGCGAAACGUGCUCACCCACCAUGGACAAAACAGCUAUCAAAUGCUGUGCACGUAAUGUUAAGAGACCCCAGGCUUGAUUUUAAAAUGACAUCUUGUCUACAGCAGCAAUGUGAUUUUGCUGUACUAGGAGAACGGUUGGUACAAUAUCGUUUACCGAUGCAAACACUUGAAAGAUAUUUACAACAAAAACAUUUGUUUAGUAAGGCCAUUGAAUUUAUUUUUCGACAAGAAUCUGUGGAAGCUGAUCCUCAACAUAGACUUAACAGUGCUCUGGAGAUAAUUAAAUUAGCGGGGAAGUUGAAGAAGAACUUAAUGGAGCGACAUGAAUGUGUUUUUCGUUUCUGUCUUUAUCUGAUCAAUUCAAAAUUGAUGGACGAAUUGUUUUCGAGUGUUGUUUCUUGUCUCAGCGAUCUGAAUGAAACGGAUCGGAAUUGUGUUAUCAGUCAGCUUAUGUCACAUGUUGAAUCACUAUUAAACUGUCCGGUUUUGCUUCUGACGGAAAAGGAGAAAGAAAUUCGAUUUCGAAAUGUGGAAUUCAUUUCUUGCGUCUUGGAGCGUUUCAGAAAGGAUGAAAUGCUUCUAUCAGAACUGAAUGCCAUUCGAAAGCUGCAAAUUGAUUAUGGUAUGAUUACGCAGUUGACAUUCUUUCGCAGUAACAGUUGGAAAUUAGCAGAACUGAGACAUUUUCUGAAUCAGCGCUUUGCUGGUAAUGGUAUUCCUGCAAAGAUAGCUGAGCUUUUAAAAUUUUCAAAUACUCUAAUGAUGGAAGAAAAUGCAAUGUAUGAAGUAGCGCUCCGCUGUGCUUUGGAGAAUCGAAAUCCAGUAGCAGCUUUGGAAUAUGCGAAAUUUGCGAUGCAAGAUGCAAAAAAGCCAAGCGAACAACUUUUGUCUCUUGUAGUGCAAAGCUGUGGCUAUGGAUUAUGGAUCAUGUCUGAGUUAGCUGAGAAUAGUGAUUUUGAGCCGAUAUUUGUUGUAUUUGGAAGUCUAUCCGAUUUAAUGAGUUGCCUUAUCGAAGCUACUUCCCAUAACUCCUUUUUAAACACCCAUGUUUUUCAUAUUGCACUUUUUGUAAAUUUGUUCGAAGCUGUUGUUUCCCAGUGCAUGUCUGAAAAUCUGGUAGAAGAAAGCGAAUAUGCAAGCGAAAAACCAUGCUUAAUAUAUGGAUUUGGGAGACGAGCUGGCGUUUAUCAUUACAGAAUGGAUGGUACUCUCUUCAAGAAAAGUGAUGUUAUACAACAAUUAUCUACUGUGGCUCGUUCCGUUGUUUUUGAUGCUUUGAUAGACACCGAUUUCAUUGAUAUUAACAAAAAUAGUUUGCCAGAAUGCUAUGAAAAGAUGCGCAUGGCUUGGACAAAUUUCUACUCCUAUCUAAUUCUUAACAAUCAGAUUCUGAUAGCAAUUUGUGCUCGUCUCUCGUUUGCAUUAUUAUCGUGUUACGUGGUUCCAAGUCAGGUUAGUCUUGCUUAUUCUGAGCUACAUGGAACUAUCGAACUGUUUCUGGAGCGAGCUUUAAUGCAUAAUUAUGCUGAUUUUGAACUUUGCAUCGCACUUAUUUUUUCUGCUCCAGUUGCCGACAUCAAAAAGGUUUUACUAAAAACUCGGUCUUGGUGUGCAACACGAAAAUCGCAUCAUAUUAUGUUCAAUUUAAUUCGUCUUGCUCGAUUUUGCGCCAUUAUACUUAACAAUCAUUCUACUGAUAAGCAACUUAACCAUUAUUACGCACUAACCUUGUGGACCAAAAAGUUGGGAAGACUGAAUGCUAAUUUUCCACAGAAUGUAUCAAUAGAUGUAGCAGUUCAGGAAUUCGUUCGAUGUCUUAUUCCAGCCGAAAUAUUAGUCGAAUUUUGUAAGGAUUUUUCAUUAGAAAUCACCGAAGCAUUGGUUUUAUAUGCAACAAAAAUGGCACUUAGGGCUUCUGUAGAAGAAGAUCAAAUAUUAGCAGCAGAAAUGCGUUUUACUGUGUACGCAGCAUUGCAGGAAAUUGGUAUCACGGAGAAUCUCUUCAUGCAACUUUAUGCAUGUUUAAUGAUGCUUUGUCCUUAUAAUUAUGAGGCAAUAGAAGUAAUGAUCAGUGGAAUGGAGAAGUAUCUCGAUGAGGAUAAUAGCGAUCAAGUCGAAAUAUUACGGAGAGCUUCCAUAACAAUUGGGUUUCUAAAGAUCAAUGAACGUGUAAAUCCCCCAACUGAUCACGAAAUACGAUGGUACCAUGAGCGACAAAAAUUUCUUGUGAAACAGCAGUGUGGUAGCCACGAUUCAACAGUGAAAGUUUCUGAUGGAGAAGACUUGAAUACUCUAGAGGAAGACGGUAGCGAUCUGCUAUACAAAAAGACAAAUUCACUCUUUGGCCAAUUUCCUAAUAGAGCUUGUCAUCGUCUACCAUUUCAUCCCUUCAUGUUUGAAAAUGAAAAAGAUUUGCAGAAUACGUUACUCCCAAUGAUCCAUGCUGAACUUACGCUCUACAAUGUCGAUAAUUGGCAGAUGUUUGUUCGAGCAUUGCCUGAAAUUGAAAUCUCCAAAUCAGAUCUUCUAUCAAGUGCUAUUUUAUUGGCUGUUCAAACAUGCAUUACCGAGGACGUUGAUAUGGAUGAGAGUGAUAUUGAACGAAUUAGGCAGCUACUUAGAAAAGCCACCAAUCGUCUUCGAACACUGAAAGGCUUAACGGAUGGUUUCAGACAUUUGCCACUGAGUAGAACAAAACUGCGCUUUCUAUCUUUGGGAAUCAAUGUCAUUGAAGAAUGGGUUACAGAUUCAAAGCGUGGAUCAGCUGAGGUACAUAUAUGUGAGGUCGAAGACAUAGACUUUUUGAACCAUUUUCGUCAGAAUUUGGAAGAGGCUUACAGAAAUUAUAAUAUCGAGUUUGUGCUCAAGAAAUAUGGACUCUUACGAGCAGAAACACUAGAUCUGUUACCCACACCGCAAAAUCUUAUCGAGCACAUUUAUGCGAAUGAGAUUGACUGGAACAGUUUCAAAGAAAUUAGUGACAAAGUUCCGUGCACAGUUGAAUUGGCUGACAUCUUUGCUUUGGAUUUGGAUACGAUCCAGGACAGAGUCAUCCAACAGUGGCUUGAGUGGAAUGCUGGAAAAGCUGCGGUUUUUGAUCCUAAUGAAACAAAUUCAAGUGACGCAUCACUGACGUCGGUAGUAAUGAAAGAAAGUGAUGAGGAACUUUACAAAUUACCAUACUCUGAUCCUACAGUUUCAAGGACUGUGCAACUAUCACGAUUGCGAGAUUACAAAAAAGCAACUUGUACUCUUGCAAAUAUCUGCCGACAGGGUUCAUAUGAAAGCAAAAUACGCAGUGUUUGUUGUUUGUUGCGAUUACUACAACCUGAACAGUUUCCAGAGGUUAUGAAAAGUGAUUUAAGAAAUGUCUGUUCAAUGUUGGAAAUAAUGCUGUAUUCUCGAAUGGUUGAUGAGUACGAAAUUGAUUUGAAUAUUGAAACAUUUCAUUCGGCAGAAAAAGCGGUUUUGCUCAAGUCGUUAGUAAAUAAUAACAGACAAAUACCUCAGUUGACUUUGUUUCUGGCAUCUAUAGUGAUAGAUUAUCAAUUGCUGGAGCCACCCAUGAUCGAUUUGCUUUUAACCAAACUUUAUCUUGAAAGGAAAUUUCAUAUGCUUAUCGAACUGUUAAAAUACUGCGCAACUAAUAAUACUAUUCUCUCUCACAUAAAGAACAUUGAACAAAAAUGGUUUUAUGCUGCUCAGUGGCUAUUUUCUGCAGCAAAGGAAAGUGCUAACAAAAAACAAUGCUUUGAUAGAUCUCUUUUAUUCUGUUUAAGUUGCCCGGUGGAAUAUGGCCAUUCAGCUAAUUCAUUAUUACAUUCACUGCAGCGAGAUAAUUUCCCUAUUGCUAAUCGUUUGUUAGUGCUUGCGUCGUCAACAGUUGCAGAGGAAGCUGAAGAAGACUCUGAAAAUUGUUUCGAAAGUUCUGCGCGUUCGAGUCUCGACUUUUCGUUGAAAUGGAAAUGA